GUGUGGCUCAGUGUGGCUCAGUGUGGCUCAGACUCCUGUCGACCACAGCGAGACAGAGACACACCCACUUCAUACACAGGCUGCAGUGAGGGACAGGAGACACAGACCCUGCAGAGGACGACAGCAAAGACGAGACGAGUCCAGAAUGAGCCUAAUCCCUGCAGGUGAAGAGGACCACCACCAAGGCACAUGGAGACUCAUUCUGGUCGGAAAAACCGGAGUGGGAAAGAGCGCAACCGGGAACACCAUCCUCGGAAGAAAAGAGUUUGAGUCACAGCUGAGCCCCUCCUCUGUGACGGCUCAAUGUCAGAAGGCUGAAGCAACGAUUGGUCAUCGAAACAUCGCUGUGAUCGAUACUCCGGGUCUUUUUGACACAAAUUAUACCCAGGAAGAAAUUGUGGAUCGAAUCAAAUAUUGCAUUUGUCUGUCUGCGCCCGGGCCACAUGCAUUUGUGAUUUGUCUCCAGCUCGGAAGGUUCACCAAAGAAGAGCAAGAGACUGUCAAAAUAAUCCAACGAAUCUUUGGAGAAGAGGCAGCGAGAUACACCAUCGUUCUGUUCACACGCGGAGAUGACCUGGAGGGUUUUACACUUGAGUCUUUCAUAAAGAAAGAUAAAGCUUUAUCAGAGUUUGUCAAGACGUGCGACAACCGCCAUCACGUCUUCAACAAUAAAAUCACAGAUCAGAAGCAAAGAGAUGAGUUUAUUAAAAAAAUCAAUAAAAUGAUCCAGAAUAAUGGAGGAAGGUUUUACACCACAGAGAUGUUCAGAGUAGCAGAGGAGGCCAUUAAGAAAGAGGAGGAGCGACUCCUAAAAGAGUCAAAAGAACAAGACAAGGAAAAGAUUCGGAGGGAGGCAGAGAAGGUAAAUGAGUUCAUGAUGGCCAUAGCAAACAUGGAGAUCGGUACAGCUAUAGGAGCAGCAGUCGGGGUUGUCCUGGAUGAGAUUGGGAAGGCAGUAGGUAAAAUGGUUGAAGAGGUAGAUGAAUGGAUAACUGGAGCAGCAAAUAACAUGUGUGUGAUACAGUGAAGUGAUACUGAGGGAUGAGGAUCCAAACCAUAAAUUUUAUCUGUUACAUUUUGGUCAAAGCCACAUUUCUCAUUUCUACUCAACAGCCACAGGAGAGUCUGACACACUCCAUUUUAAAACACUGGUGUGAUCUCAGUGUGUUAGACUCUGUGUUUGACUCUGCUUUUAAUUAUGCUUUGAAUGUUUCUGUUCACUGCCUUUAACCCGACUGCACAAUAAAUAAACAUCUACAGAAC